AUUCAAAUGUCACAAUACGGUAAAGCUGAAUACUGGGAAGAACGAUACACAAGAGAUCCCGAGCCAUUUGAUUGGUAUCAAAGAUUUGCAGGCAUCAAGGAUCUUGUUUAAGCCUGUUUCACUCCUGAAAGUAAGCUACUUAAUGUUGGAGCAGGGAAUUCAAGGUUGAGUGAAGAGAUGUUCGAUGAAGGUUAUUAGAACAUUACAAACAUCGAUAUUUCUCAUGUUGUAACAAAAGCAAUGUAAGAGAAGUACAAGGAUAAAGGGCCAAAUUUCAAAUAUCUACAUAUGGAUGCCAGAGCUAUGGAAUUUGAAGAUGGAUCAUUCGAUGGAGCAAUUGACAAAGGAACUAUUGAUGCCAUAUUAUGCGGAGAGUCAUCAUCAUCUAAUGCGUAGAAAGUUAUUCAAGAAGUUCACAGAGUAUUAGGACCAAAAGGUGUCUAUUUUGCAAUUUCUUAUGGUCUCCCUGAACACAGACUUUAAUACUUAGAAAAGCCAGAAUAUGAUUGGAAUGUAAUAGUUAAAUAGGUUCAUAAACCAACAAUUUCAACCUCAAUCGCAAUUACUAAUGAGGAUAAAGAUGCCCCUAAUGUUCAUUAUAUCUAUAUAUGCACUAAAGGAUAAUAAAAAGGAGCUAAGCAAUGAAUUGAAUUUGAAUUAUAUAUAUAUAUAAUCAUUUAGGAAUAAAUUGUGUUAUAAAA